AUGUCCCCGGCCGCGCGGCUGGCCGGCUGUCUGCUGCUGCUUCUAGCCGCUGCUCAGGGCGGCGGCGGCGGCGGCGGCAGUGCUCCGCGGCUGGUGAGCGAGCCGCCGGCGCUGGUGCGGCACAGCGCGGCGGCGGGCGCGCGGCUGCGCUGCGUGGCGGCCGGCGACCCCGCGCCGCUCGUCACGUGGCUCGACGAGGACGGCACGCCGGUGGCCGACUCGCCACAUCAUAGACGUGUGUACCCGAACGGCACCCUGGAGGUGCUGCCGGCGGCGGCGGGCGGCGCCGGCGUCGUGCGGUGCCGCGCCGCCAACGCGCUCGGCGUGGCGCUCUCCCGGGACGUCGUGCUCGAGACAGUGGCGGACGAGCCGUGGGAAGCGGUGGCGUCCGCGAGCCCGGUGCAGGCGGGCGGCGUGGCGGCCGUCACGUGCCGCGCGUCCGCCGCCGGCGCCGCGCCGCUCGUGCGCCCCGCCGUGUGGUACCGCGGCGGACAGGUGCUCAAUGUGGACCCGCCUUCACCAGAGUCCCGAUACGUAGCAUUCGGUGACACGCUGCUGAUCCGCGCCGCCGCUGGCCACGACGCCGGCGCGUACGCCUGCCUGGCGCGCCACUCGCUCACCGCCGUCACCAAGCGGAGCCAACCUGCCAUUCUUACAGUUACCACGGGAGGUUCGACGUCAGCCCCGCGGCUGGCGGCGCCGGGCGAGGUGUCGGUGCCGGCCGGCGCCGACUUCUGCCUGCCCUGCGCGGCGCCCGACCAUCCGCAGCCACACUACACUUGGUACCGCGAGCUGCACGGUCGCUUGUCUCCGGUAGAGCCGUCUCCUUCCAUCUGGGAAUGGGGCGGCGGCGCGGCGCUGUGCUUCCGGCGCGCGCGCAGGCAACUCAGCGGCGCGUGGCUCUGCAAGGCCUACAACGUGUUCGGCGACGCUACGGCACAGCUGCGGCUUAACGUUGAAGACGCACUUACUGUUACCGUUGCCCCGACUCUUGUGGUAGCCGACACAGGCAGUACGGUGCGCCUGAGCUGCAACGCCAGCGACCCAUCGGCGUCGCUGAGCUGGCUGCACGACGGCGUGGCGGCGGGCGCGGGCGCCGAGCUCGUGCUGCGCGGACUGGCGCGUGCGCACCGCGGCCUGUACCAGUGCGUGGCGCGGAGACAGCGGGACAGCGCGCAGGCCGCUGCUGAAGUCAGGCUUGGAGAUUCCCCGCCGGAGCUGCACUACACGUUCAUCGAGCAGGCGCUGCGCGCGGGCGGCGGCGUGUCGCUGCGCUGCGCCGCGGCCGGCUCGCCGCCGCCGCGCCUGGCCUGGGCGCUCGACUCGCAGCCCCUAGAUCAGUACCAUCGGCACAGGUAUUUCAUCAGUGAGGAGACCUCAGUGAAUGGCGACGUGGUUUCGGUGCUCAACAUCAGCUCGGCCUCGCCUGAAGAUGGCGGUCGCUACACGUGCCGAGCUUCCAACUCAAAAGGGCAUCACGAACAUUCCGCUAGACUCAAUAUAUACGGCCCACCUUCGAUCCGCGCCCUGGGGCCAGUGCGCGUGGUGGCGGGCGCUAACGCCACGGUCUUCUGCCCGUACGCCGGAUAUCCGAUCAGUUCAAUCUCGUGGUGGGCGCGGGGAGCGGGGCGGGCGGUGGGCGGCGCGGGGCGGGUGGCGGCGCGCGGCGCGGAGCUGCGCCUGACGCCCGCGCUGCCCGCCGACGCCGGACACUACGCCUGCGCCGUCGCCGCGCCCGACGGCAGCGCCGCGAGGAGAGACAUCGAGAUACAAGUCAGAAAUCCACCAAAAAUUUCGCCAUUUAUCUUCUCAUCCGAGCUGACCGAAGGCAGUUCUGUACAAGUUCUUUGCGGAGUCUCGUCCGGUGAUAAACCAAUGUACUUUUCUUGGCUCAAGGACGACGCGCCUUUACCUCCAAACUUACAGAUCGAAGAAAAGAGUUUGAACGAAUUCUCUCUACUGAUGUUUUCGGACCUGUCAGCCAGGCACAGCGGCCGCUACACGUGCCGGGUCUCCAAUCAUGCUGCUACCGUCAACUACACCGCCACACUUAGUGUCAAAGUUGCGCCGGCUUGGGUUUCAGAGCCCACUGAUACAGCUGUGUUGUUAGGCGCGACGAUCGCCGUGGACUGCGUUGCUAAGGGGUAUCCACAGCCCACUGUCCAAUGGUACAGACGUCUUGGAGAAGGGGCUAGCCUUAACCAUGAGAGUAGUGACCAAUGGGAAGCUAUUCGAGGCUCUGAGUGGGGAGAGGCUCCGCAGAGCCUGCGGGGCAACAAUGGCACGCUUUACAGUACGGCUGCGGCGCGGGCGCACCAGGGCAGCUACCGGUGCGUCGCGGACAAUGGCGUCGGCCCGCCGCUGGUUAAACACGUCAAUCUAACAGUCCACGAACCAGCUCACUUUGACGAGUCGGUGGGCACGAACGUGAGCUGCGUGCGCGGGCGCAGCGUAACAAUGACUUGCCACGCGCUCGGCGACGCGCCGCUCACGCUUCACUGGACACACCGCGGAGUCCGACUUGAUCUUAAUUCGUACCGGUGGACAGUAUCCGAGGUUCGCACAGCCGACGGUCUCCGCUCGGCGCUGCAGCUGCGCGCGGCGGAGCGCGGGGACGGCGGCGAGUACCGCUGCCACGCCGCCAACCAGUUCGGCCGCAGCGAGCUGCUCAUGUACCUCAGUGUCGAAGAGCCUCCAGAAGCCCCAAAAGCGCUACACUUGGGCGGUGUAAGUUCACGUUGGGUGCGAGUGACGUGGCAGGCACCACGGGCGGCGCGGGCGCUUCAUUAUACUGCAUUGGUCACACCACUUCAUGCUUUGCGAGCCACUGACACCAGUCACACAGCACCCGUCAACUUGACGGUCGAGCCUAUAUCUAAUGAACGGCCACACGAUUCAGCCCCGCAGACCCUCGCGGCGCGCGUGGAGUCGCUGCGGCCGGCCGCCGCGUACUCGCUGCGACUCGCCGCCACCAACCAUGUGGGCCAGUCUCCCGCCUCUGACCCACUGCUUUUUACAACGCUUGAUGAAGCUCCAUUAGUUCCGCCGCAGAACGUGCGUGUGAGACCAGCCAGUUCUGGAGAAUUACACAUAUCAUGGUCGGCUCCACCACAAGAAAAUUGGAAUGGCGAGUUGUUGGGCUAUGUGAUAUCUUGGCGGGAACUCAGUCGCGAAGGAGAUCGGUCAGUCGUUGAAGAUGGUAUGAGUCGCAAGGGUAUGGCGAUGUGCCACGGCUGGGGCAGCACGGAGUUCACGGUGACAGGAUUGCGGGCAUUCGCUCGGUACGCAUUAACGCUGAGAGCGUACAACCGCGCCGGAGCGUCGCCGCACUCACCAGCAGUAUACGCUACAACGGCUGAUGGAGUACCGGAGGAGUCACCGAGCUCCGUAGUAUGUGAGGCGAUAUCAUCCCGUUCCCUGCGCGUGCGCUGGGCGCCGCCGCCUGCGCAGCACGCCCAUGCUAUGCUUGGAUAUGAUUUGCACUACGCACCGAUAUAUUCCGCGAAUGGUUGGAGCGGCAGCAGCGGGGGCGAGUGGAUGACAGCGCGCACGGGCGCGAGCGGCGAGGCCGCGCUGACCGGGCUGCGGCCCGCCGCCAACUACACGCUGUGGGUGCGCGCGCGCGCCCGCGCCGGGCUCGGCCCGCCCGCCGCGCCUGUCUACUGCGCUACUGGCGAAGAUGUGCCGGGCGCGGCGGCAGCGGUGCGCGCGCUGGCGGCGGGCGCGGACACGGUGCGCGUGGCGUGGCUGGCCCCCGCGCCGCGAGCCGGCCGCCUCACGCACUACACGCUGUACACCAGGGAACUCGGCAAAGUCGGUGGCGAAUGGUCGCAACGGGUAGAAGCCGGCGCUUCGGAUACAGACGAUGAUGAAGUAUCUCGUGACGUCGCGGGGUUGCGCGAGCGCACCGUGUAUGAAUUCUGGGUACGCGCGUCUACUUCCGCUGAAGUGGAAUCUUCAUCGGCUGGGAACUACACAUGCUCAGUGCGUAACGGCGGCGGUUCGGACGCGGUGAUAUUCUCUGUGAUAGUCCGCCGACCCCCAGCUGCGCCCGCGCCGCGUCUCCUACGCGCUGACACGACUACAUUGCAUAUCAUCUGGGACGCGCCAGAAGACGGUGGUGCUCCUAUACUCGGCUACAGCAUAUGGUGGCGUCGCGAAAGUGCGUUGGACUCGUCGCCGGCGGGGUCGCUGCAGGUGCCCGCCGGCGACACCGCUGCCACGCUGCGCCACCUCUCGUGCGGGGCUCCGUACCGGGUCACGAUGCGCGCGCAAAACGCGAUUGGUACCUCGCCGUUGUCUCCGCCGCUCCGCGCGAGAACCGAAGGGGACAAAAUGAAGCCGCCACUUGGCAAGGAGUUCAUUUGGGCGAACAGCAGCACGUUGCGGCUGAACUUGCUGACGUGGCGCGGCCGGUGCCCCGCCGGCGGCUGGAGCGCGGCGCUGCGGCCCGAGCGCGCCGCCGGCGGCUGGCAGGCGCUCGUCGCCGACGGGGAGAGCGCGGAGGCGAGUGGGCUGUCGCCGGGCACGUGGUACGAGAUCCGCGUGGCGGCGCACGGCGCGGCCGGCGACUCGCCCGCGCUCUACCGCGCGCCCACGCUCUCACACGCAGGAGAACGCAUCGGCGAGCCAUUACUGGUGCCAGUAGAGGCCCGCAGUCAGAUGUCAGAGGGGGGUGGUGCGGGCGGGGCGGCGGGGGGCGGGGCGUGGCGAGCGCCGCUCACGCCGCUCCUACUGGCCGCCGCGCUCGCCGCGCUGCUCGCCGCGCUUGCUGGCGACAUGCACGAGAUAAGUCCGUACGCGACGUUCAGCAUGACGAGCGGCGGCGGCGGCGCGGGCGCGGCGGCCGGCGCGGGCUGCGCGCUGCACCUGCGCACGUUCGGGCGCGCCGAGCCGCUCGACCUCGCCGCGCCGCCGCCCAGGCCCAACUUGCUCGCUCACUCGCAAGAGUAUGGUCAUGCCCGGGACAGUGACUCGGAAUCCAGCGGGUCUCCGUGCGCCGCGUGCGCCGCCUCUCUCUACCGCCUGCCCGCCGCCCACCUCUCUGACACACUGCCAGCAGUAGAAUCAAGCGCAGAAGAUACGUCAUACAGCGCGAGCGGACGCGGCCGCCUGCAAGCGAGCGCGCGCGGCGAGCACGAGCGGGGCGCGCGCGGCGGCCGGGCGCGGCGCCGCAGGGAGCAGGGCCGCCACGCCGCGCCGCCCGGGGGAAGCGUCAGGUACUUCUCCACGACGGCGCUGCGGUCGCGGGACCCGCUGUGA